CAGGUUUCUGGAUAGUGAAUCAACGGUUGUUUUUUUUUUGUUGGGUAAAAGGUUGUGCUCGACGAAAACACGAAUACAAUCCAUUCCAUUCAGUAAGAGAAUCGCAGACAAAUAACAUGUGUAGAAAAUCACGGCAGGUAGUUCUAUUUUUCGUGUUUAUAUUUGUGUUGUGUGUUAUUGUUGUUGUUCUCGUGAAACAAGUGGCACAUCGCGACGAGGGGACAAUCCACUACAAUAAAAAUUCAAUACGCGAAGCAGAAACAAGAAAUAGAAGAAGAGUUCGAAAACUUGAGGAGGCAUGUAGAAAUUAUAAUCUAGGGUUUUACCGAUUGGAAACGGAGAGAGAUAUUAUCAAAUAUCCACCAGCACCUCAGUAUUCCGUAUUUUACAUCGACACGAUUCAUCGGAUAUCUUACUGCCCGAUCUACAAAGCUGGUAGUACAACGUGGCUUCACAACCUCUGUUUGCUAAUGAAUAUAUCGGAGAGUGAACUGACAAAAAGUAAAGAUCAGAUAUCGACAAUUGCCAGGCGUCUAAUACCAGAGAUGGAUUAUCCGGAAGCCGAGGAGGCGCUGAGGGCUACCACGAAAUUUCUGGUCGUUCGCCAUCCAUUCGAGAGACUAUUGAGCGCUUAUCGAGACAAACUCGAGAAUUCGGUAGCGCGAAGAGAACAUGGUACACUGCAUUUUUAUCGGAAAUACGGCUCCAAGAUUGUCGAGAAAUACAGAGAUGACAGUUUUAUACCCCCGGGGGAGGAGCAAGUUAUCCACAGAGAGGGUGUACCGAGACCCGCAGGAAUCGAGCCAACUUGGCGAGAAUUUGUUGAGUACCUAAUUGACACUGAUUUAGCGAGUUAUGGCGACGAUCACUGGAUGCCCUACUACCUGUAUUGUACACCUUGUACCAUCAAUUACACAAUCAUUGCGAAGGUGGAGACCCUCAACGAGGACCAAAUAUUUGCAAUUGAAAAAAUGGGACUGUCCAACAAGAUAAAACCCGCGUGGAAACACAAGAGUGGAAGAUCAGACGCAGCUAGUGUCUAUUUCAGUCAAUUAACUCCUGAUCACAUAACUCAACUGUACGAAAAGUUUAAACUGGACUUCGAGAUGUUCGAUUACACUCCAGACAGUUAUUACCAGUACUCAGAGGACAUUUAAUGAAUAAUUCACGAGAUGAAGAUUGCAAUCGUCUCAGUUGAAAUAUUCAAAUGCAAAUGAAUUCACUUGUUCACCCAAUUAAUGUUUUAAGAAUAAAAUGUCGAGUCUACCAAUGUCUCAAACUUUCCAGUGGGUGUAAUGGGGUGGAUUUCAAUGGGGCGGUUAAAUCGAUCGACCCAGUUUACUGUCCGGCUUUAUAUCAAAGCGAUCUCGGCCGAACUUUGAAUGAAGUAUUCGAGAUAUGGAUUUCGUAUGCGAUUGUCAUCAUCGUCGCAUGCCUCAACCAUUCAACAUUUCGAAAUAGUCUGAUUUAUUCUCAGUCGUUACACACCGAAUACCCCAUGAAUACGAUGGAUCCAUUGCCGCAACAUCAUUAUCCAGGCUAUUAUUGAAUUAACUGAUUUUUCUAUCUAUAAUCUAGGAUUUCUUGCCUUUCGCCUCCGGGUAUUGAAAUUUUUUUAAUCUCAAUUUUCAUCAGAUAUCAUGGAAAAAGUUGAAAAUAUAAUUUUUGCAGCGGUAAUGGAUUCGUCAAAUUAAAUCAGAUGUUCUUGUCAUGCCUAAGUAUUGUUGAAUCCUAAUAACCUGUCGUCGAUAUU